CCCAAAACUAAACCCCGCCCUAUCCCCCAAACUCAAAGCUUCAUAGAAACACCAUUCAGUGCUUAAACACCGAGGCGAAGAGUGGAUAUGGCGGCAAGGGUGCAACACUCCCUUCAAUCUCAGAGAAACAGCAUCACCGCCUUCUUCUUCUCCUCCUCAUCAUCGUCUUUUUCGAAUUCCCUCACCAAAACCCAAAUCAGCUUCCGUUCAAAAUGGUUCUCACCUUCUUCCUCUUCUUCCAAAAGAUCAGGAGCCGCUUUAUACUGCACUUGCAGUAGCAAUUCAGAUUCUACAGAUUCAAAUUCAACACCCAUGCUAGCAAAAGAAGACCCCUUUAUCCUGACGACUCCUCUUUAUUACGUCAAUGCUCCUCCUCACAUGGGCAGUGCCUACUCCACCAUCGCUGCCGAUGCUAUUGCACGCUUUCAGAGGCUUACAGGAAAGAAGGUUAUAUUCAUCACGGGCACAGAUGAGCAUGGAGAGAAAAUAGCAACUGCCGCCGCUGCAGGUGGCUCAACCCCAAACGACCACUGUGAUGCAAUUUCACAAUCCUAUAGAGCGCUUUGGAAAGAUUUAGAUAUCUCUUAUGACAAAUUCAUUCGCACUACUGAUCCUAAACAUGAAGCUAUUGUGGAAGAAUUCUAUUCAAAGGUUCUUGAAAAUGGCGAUAUCUAUAGAGCUGAUUAUGAAGGACUAUACUGUGUCAAUUGUGAGGAGUAUAAGGAUGAGAAAGAAUUGCUGGAAAAUAAUUGCUGUCCAAUGCACUUAAAGCCAUGUGUCUCAAGGAAAGAGGACAAUUACUUUUUUGCCCUUUCAAAGUAUCAGAAAAGAUUGGAAGAUAUUUUAGAGCACAAUCCAGAUUUUGUACAACCAAUGUAUCGUUUAAAUGAGGUUCAAAAUUGGAUGAAAAGUGGGCUUAGAGAUUUCUCAAUUUCCCGAGCUUCAGUGGAUUGGGGUAUUAGGGUUCCUAAUGACCCAAAACAAACUAUAUAUGUCUGGUUUGAUGCAUUGUUAGGUUAUAUAUCAGCAUUAUCAGAGGAUCAAGAGCAACCUAGUUUACAAAGAGCAAUAUCCUCAGGUUGGCCUGCUUCUUUGCACUUGAUUGGAAAGGAUAUAUUGCGUUUUCAUGCAGUUUAUUGGCCAGCUAUGCUGAUGUCAGCCGGGUUGAGCCUUCCCAAGACUGUAUUUGGGCAUGGGUUCCUGACAAAGGAUGGGAUGAAGAUGGGAAAGUCACUUGGAAAUACUCUUGAACCGAAUGAAUUGGUUCACAAAUUUGGAGCUGAUGCAGUCAGGUAUUUUUUUCUGAGGGAAGUUGAAUUUGGAAAUGAUGGGGAUUACUCUGAGGAACGUUUCAUUAAUAUUGUCAAUGCGCAUCUUGCCAAUACCAUUGGAAAUCUUCUUAAUCGUACACUUGGACUUUUGAAAAAGAAUUGCCAGUCAACUUUGGUUGCUGAUUCGAGUGUUGCAGCCCAAGGAAAUGCCUUUAAAGACAAUGUAGAGAAGUUGGUUGAAAAGGCAAAGACUCAAUACGAAAGUCUGUUGCUUUCAUCAGCUUGUGAGAGUGUACUAGAGAUUGGAAAUGCGGGGAAUCUUUACAUUGAUGAACACGCACCAUGGUCUCUUUUUAAAAAAGGAGGCACAUCUUUUGAUUCAGCCGCAAAGGACCUUGUGAUUAUAUUAGAAGCAAUGAGGAUUAUUGCAGUUGCAUUGUCACCUGUUGCACCAAAUUUAUGCCUCCGAAUUUAUCAGCAACUUGGAUACACCCCUGAACAGUUCAAUGCCACUACCUGGAACGAUACGCAAUGGGGUGGGCUCAAGAGUGGGCAAAUCAUGGCUCCACCCAAUCCCAUUUUUGCGAGGAUCGAAAUCCCGUCAGAAUCCGAAGGUGGGACCCUCGCGGAGAAGAAAGUUUCCAAGAAGAAAGAAAAGUUGCCUCGGACUCAGACUCAGACUCAAACUACUGUUGGAGCCUAAUCCGAUUAUCCCAAGGUGGGGCCCCCUGGAGAAAGAAAGUUUUCAAGAAAAAAGAAAAGUUGCUUCGGACCCGAACUACUGUUGGAGCCUAGACAAAACUAUGCUUUCUCUCGACUGUCAUGUCAUGCAUUGUUGAGUUGUACUGUACAAAUACAGAAUGCAGUUUUCAAAUAUCAUAUAGUCUAGAUGAUACAUACAACGUAAUCAUGUUAUAUUGACUUGUAGGUUAUGCAGUAAAAGUUGUAACCUAGGUUAAACACUUAAUGGUUUCUACAUGUUCGUUAACACUGAUAACAUUCAUGAGAGCGCUACUAUAAUCGAACUUAAAAUCUGUUAGCCCACAAA